UUUUUUAUUUUCUCCUUUGUCUUGCUUAAAGUGUACUAACAGUCAGCAGGGGACACAAACAGAGGAUGAACUAUAUAUCUCCAGAAGCUUGUAACAGCAAUUGACCGAUUCCAUCCCAGCCUUAUGGAUUGUUCCACAAAAAAUCCAAGUUUCCCUAAAAAAAUGAAUCCGCGUUUCCCUCAAAAAAGUGAAAUCUCACUAACCACAAAUUACUAAAAACUAAAUGCUUUCUUCAGAAAUUCAGGCUAGAAAAGGGGAAUUGAGUGGUCUACCUUGUUCCACUUACCGUAGCCGUGUACCGUGUUGACAGUUACUCCAACAAUAAUUUCCAUUAUUCCGGUAGGCCAAUGGGUCCAAUCCUUGUGCCCCUGCCUUCACGGAAACACCAAUUACAGCUUAGAAAAGGACUCGAUGCCAAAAGAUCCAGCACGUCACAGUCAGAUGCAUCCUCCCCAUCAAAGAAAAGGAAUCGAUGCCAGUGGUCACAGCCGAGCAGUUCAAUGCCACCACUGACCUGUUGGUGGUAGACAUUAGCCUACUGUCCCUGUCCUCAUUACAGUGUUUGGCCCGUGACCAGCUGUCACAUGCCAAGUCAAGUCAAUGGAAACUCCUGAAUACCAUGAGAAAAAUCAUAAUUGACAAGUAGGAGACGAUGGCCAGAAUUGCUGAAGCUUUUAUCAGGAUUUAGAGUUCAGACUGACAGAAGACGCCUUCUGUAUCAAGGGACAAAUAAAUUGCAGUGUUUCUCAGGUCCUCUGCAGAAAUGUUUUUGGAACCAGACUGGCACUUUUCAUUUGAAACGUAUGUUGAUGGUAAUUUGGUAAAGACGAAACAAUCAUUCUAGAAAGCUCAGAACAGUCAGCAGCGAGACCUUUCUGCGCAUGACAAUGAAAUGUCACUAAUAGGGAGAGGAAUUGACCAAUUCAACCCCAGCCUCAUGGACUGCUCCACACAAAAUCCAAUUUAUGGACACCAUUUCCAUGUCCCACACUGUUCCACGAAGAAGACGCGUGAUGACUGACCACUGUUAAGUGCCAUUCUCCAAGGGGCAUAAGCUUGCUCUCAUCAGUAGAGGCACCAACCAAAGCAAAAGCAAUGGCACCUCGCCUCCCAUGGCGCUUCCUCCAGUUCUUGCUACUGCUGCUGCUGGGGGUUUCAUCUGCUGCUCAAGCACAGGUGAACAUCACCCUGGGCUCCUCCUUGACGCCCCAGGGGCCAAACAGCUCAUGGCUCUCGCCCUCCGGCGACUUCGCGUUCGGUUUCCGGCCAGUGGAAGGUAACACCUCCUCGUACCUCCUUGCCGUCUGGUUCGACAAGAUCCCUGAAAAGACUGUCGCUUGGUACGCCAAGAGCAGUCAAGACACACUGGUGCAAGUGCCAUCCAGCUCUGUGCUCCAGCUCACAACUGAUGGGUUGCUCUCGCUUCGCAACCCAUCUAACGAUGAGGUCUGGAGUCCCCGGGUCACUGGUUCGGCCUACGCCAGCAUGCUCGACACAGGCGACUUCAGGCUUGUCGGUGCAGAUGGCAAACCAAAGUGGAAGACCUUUGAUUUCCCGGCUGAUACCAUCCUGCCCACACAAGUGCUUCCUGUGGGUCAGCAGGACAAGGCACUUAGAAGCCGUCUCAUCGCCACGGACUACACCAAUGGCCGGUUUCUCCUAGCUGUGCAAUCUGAUGGUAAUCUUGUGUUCUAUCCAGUUGCCGAGCCUACCACAAAACGGUACGAUGCAUACUGGGCAUCUGGUACAGAUGGGAACGGCUCAAAGUUGGUGUUCAAUGAAACUGGCAGGAUAUACUUCACAACCACAAAUGGGACACAGAUCAAUAUCACUUCAGCAGGGGUGAACUCAAUGGGUGAUUACUUCAAUCGUGCCACGCUUGACCCAGACGGUGUAUUUCGGCAAUAUGUCUACCCAAAGAGCAGACAGGCCGCAAGAUUAUGGGGCUUGCAAUGGACGGCGGUGAGCUCAGUUCCCCAGAACAUCUGCCAGGUGAUAAUGGCAAACAAUGCCGGCAGUGGGGCAUGUGGCUUCAACAGUUACUGCAGCUUUGAUGGCACCCAGGAUCAGACAACAAUAUGCCAAUGCCCAGACCAUUACAAGUUCUUUGACGAGGAGAGAAAAUACAAAGGGUGCAGGCCAGACUUUGAACCACAAAGCUGUGACCUGAAUGAGGAAGCAGCGGAAGCCCAGUUUGAGAUGACUCAGAUUGAUAAUGUUGACUGGCCUCUAGCCGACUAUGAGGAGUACAGCCCCAUAGAUCUGACUGAAUGCCGGAGACUGUGUAUAAUUGAUUGCUUCUGUGCCACAGCCGUCUUUCAUGCAAGCACAAAUACCUGCUGGAAGAAAAAGCUCCCUUUAUCAAAUGGGAAAAUGGCGGAAAGCGUAGACAGGAUGGUUCUUAUCAAGGUGCGUAGGAGCAACAAUACACAGUCGCAGCUCAGCAGUGGCUCUAGCAAAUGGAAAAAGGAGAAGAAGUAUUGGAUUCUUGGGAGUUCAUUGUUUUUUGGGAGUUCUGUAUUGCUAAACCUUCUACUUAUCUCUAUUCUGUUCUUUGGCACUUACUGCGGUAUCUGCAUCACCUCCAAGAAGAAACUCCAGUCACCACAAUUGUCAGGUAGUUCUAUAUUGCCCCCAAAGAUUUUUACUUACAAUGAACUGGAGAAGGCAACCAGUGGUUUCCAUGAGGUGCUUGGCAGCGGUGCCUCUGGUACUGUGUACAAAGGACGGCUGCAAGAUGAGCAUGCGACCAGCAUCGCCGUCAAGAAAAUUGGAAAGCUCCAGCAAGAGACUGAGAAGGAGUUCAUGGUGGAAGUGCAAACCAUCGGGCAGACAUUUCACAAGAACUUGGUCAGGCUGCUUGGUUUCUGCAAUGAGGGAACUGACAGACUGCUUGUAUAUGAGUUCAUGACCAAUGGCUCGCUGAACGAGUUCCUCUUUGGUGAUGCUCGGCCACAUUGGAGUCUCCGUGUGCAAGUUGCACUUGGAGUGGCACGAGGGCUGCUCUACUUGCACGAGGAGUGCAGCACACAGAUUAUCCACUGCGACAUAAAACCACAGAACAUCCUUCUCGACGACAACUUUAUGGCGAAGAUUGCAGACUUUGGCCUGGCGAAGCUUCUUCGAGCCAACCAGACACAGACAAACACCGGCAUCCGGGGCACUCGAGGUUACGUUGCCCCAGAGUGGUUCAAGAACAUAGGGAUCACCUCCAAAGUCGAUGUUUACAGCUUUGGUGUGAUCCUGCUUGAGCUUGUGUGCUGCAGGAGGAAUGUGGAGGUAGAGAUCGACGAUGAAGAGCAGGCGAUACUAACUUACUGGGCAAACGACUGUUACAGGUCUGGGAGGAUCGACUUGCUGGUGGAAGGCGACGAUGAGGCAAACUUCAACAUAAAAAAGGCAGAGCGAUUCGUGGCUGUCGCCCUUUGGUGCCUCCAGGAGGAGCCGACUAUGCGGCCAACCAUGCUUAAAGUGACACAGAUGCUUGAUGGAGCAGUGCAGAUCCCCACGCCUCCGGAUCCCUCUUCCUUCAUCAGUUCACUUCCGUAGUGACCUGCUUGUUAACAAAUAUGUAAGUUGUAGCAUGAAGCAAGAUUAUGCAAUACGCAGAUAAUCUGAUACUGUUUUCUAUUGAAGCUUCAGAAAUAAUGGCAAAUAUAGUAUUUCAGAAUUAAUGCACUUAUGUUUAGCUGAACAAAUAGCAUCACUGAUGCAUCUGUAUCUUUUCUUUUUUUGUAAAACAUCUGUAUCUUCUUUUCGUAAUGCAUCUGUAUAUCUAUUUAUAUGCUUACUUAUA